AUGGCCCCCAAAAUCUUCUUCACCGGAGCAACAGGCUUCGUAGGCGGCGACGUCCUGGAAGCUCUGCACAGCAAGCACCCAGAAUACGAGUACAACGUCCUGGCGCGGACCGAAGAGCGCGCCAAGCCGGUCAAGGAGCGCUACCCGGACGUGAACAUCAUCAUUGGUUCAAACGAGAGCGCCGACAUAAUUGAGAAGGCAGCAGCCGAGGCCGAUGUCGUAGUCCACACGGCCGAGUCGGCUGAUGAUGAACCAUCAGCCAAGUCCAUCGUCAAGGGCCUGGAGGCAGGGCACUCGCCCGACCGUCCGGGAAGGUAUAUCCACCUGACCGGGACGGCCAUUUUGCAAUGGUACGACAAGAGCAACGAGCGCUACGGCGAGCCCCCCGCCCCAGACCAAGAGUAUCGCGACAUUAGAGAUAUUGAGCGCAUUCUCAACCUGCCCGACGAGGCACCUCACCGCGGCAUCGACAAGAUUGUGCAGGCCGCUAAUGACAUUCCCUACGUCAAGACAGCAAUGAUCUGCCCACCAGUCAUCUACGGCACGGGCCGGGGCACCGUCAAGACACGAUCCCAACAGGUGCCGUUCCUCGCGAGCUACGUGCUCAAGGAGGGCUACGCACCGCUGGUCGGCGCGCAAAAGACACAGUGGGACAACGUGCACGUGGCGGACCUGGCGACGCUCUUCGUGGCGCUGGUCGAGGCCGCCCUUGACCCGCAGCGCCGCGACGACCCGGAGCUGUUUGGCCGCAACGGCUACUUCUUCUGCGAGACGGGCACGCCGCACCUGUGGAGCGACGUCGCGCGCAAGGUCGUCGAGGCCGCCAAGCAGCUGGGCUUCGUGGCCGAGGCCAAGGCCGAGGUCGUGCCCGCCAGCAAGGUCACCAACUGGACGUUGCUGGGCAACUCGCAGUCCGUGGCCGAGCGCGCCAGGAAGUACCUUGGCUGGGAGCCGGCCGUUUCAAAGAGUCACACGCUGUGGGAUGACAUUCCCAACUGCGUCAAGGUCGAGGCCGAGGUUAUGGGGAUCAAGCCGACCCUGCCGCAGCAGUGA